AUGAAAAAAGAGUUAACCUGGAAAGUAAGCCGAUUCGAAGAAUUGACAAUUAAAGAAUUAUAUGGUAUCCUAUAUCUUAGAUGUAAGGUAUUCGUAUUGGAACAGAAUUGCCCCUAUCUCGAUACCGAUUAUAAAGACCAGAAAGCAUUGCAUCUUCAUGGAUAUGUUGGCGACGAACUGGUAGCAUAUUCUCGUAUAUUCAAAGGAGGCGACUACUUUGACCAGGCAAGCAUUGGUCGUGUGAUCGUGGCUGAGGAACACCGUAAAUAUGGAUAUGGACACGACCUCAUAAGCAGAGCAAUAAACGUAAUCGAAACAGUAUUAAACGAGAAAACCAUUGUUAUUUCAGCACAGGCCUAUUUACAGAAAUUCUAUGAGGCUCACAGCUUUGUAACUACCUCUGAAACCUAUUUAGAAGAUGGUAUUCCACACAUCAGCAUGAAAAAAGAAUAA